CCCUCAUCAACCCAUGCACGCAUUCCAACGGGACAAGCCGUUGGUCGUCGUGCAUGUGGAAGCUACGCAAGUCGAGCGCUUCCGAUCGAAAUUGGACAAGGAUGGAGUUGCCAGCGGCGGCGGCACCCGCGUCGUCUUAGUGGACAAUCCACUGCUCUUUGUCCAAUGCGACGGAUUGCAGUCCCAGGCACGUGUCGAACACAUGUGCGGCGGCGGUCGGAUCGCCGCCCAUCGCCUGUACAUCAUCACAAGCGUGUGCCUCGAUCCAUCGUGGAUGCCUCACAGCCAUGACCUUCUCCCUCUUCAACGCACUAGUGUCUUUCGCGUCGUGGCCUAUCCAAACCACCUCCAAACCAAACUCGUCGACCUGCUGCACGAACACGGGUAUGCCACCCACCCGACGAAACACACGCAUGAACUGCAUGUGGUGGCCGCACCACGAGCGGCGCCAUAUUUCUACUUUGGCGUGUUGGCAGUGGUCUCGAAAGCCCCACCAACGCCAUCGGAAGCGGGCUCCACGGUUGUCGAAGCAAUCCCCUGUCGAGCGUACUUCAAACUCCAAGAAGCUUGCCGCGGUGGCUCAAUGCAGCUGCUUCCACCUCAGGAUGGUUUUCGUGCAAUCGACAUCGGCGCCUCACCGGGUGGCUGGACAUCGUUCCUGUCACGAAAUGGUGCGUCGUGCGUGGUGGCCGUGGAUCCUGGCAUGCUCACCAUUCCCGUGGACGGCGUGUCCAUUAUCCAUCUCAACAUGUUGGUCGAAGCAGCGCUUCCUCAGUUAAGCGAGAUGGAGCUGUUCGACUUGUGCGUGUGUGACAUCAACGUCCGUCCCCGCUCGAUGGCCAAGUUGAUUCGCUCCGUCUUGCCCUUCCUCACGGCCCGUGCUAAGGUGAUCCUCACGUUGAAACUCGGACGACGUCCGACAGAGACCGCUGUGCAGCAAGCCGUCUGCGACGUGCAAGUGGAGCUCGGUCGGUCGUUUGGCGCAUACGACGUCAGGUGGCUGCAUGCCAACACUAUCAAUGAGCGCACUCUCGUUGCCGAGCUCCUAUGAGAUGCCUUCACCCCCACGUAUCGUGAGCAAUCGUGCCGCCCGCCUCCGUGCCGACCAAAUUCCAGCUGAAAGGGCCGAUGUUUGGUCGCUUUUAAAAUAUUGUACAUUCAUGCGUGUU